AGCAUGAGUGAACGAGGCGGCGGCGCGGGGCGGCCAUCCCUGAAACAUCGGGGAUAGGCGAAGUGACACAGCAAUUCCCCCGAUGUAUUUUUAAUUCAUCAGUCUCUUCUGUGAGGAAUUGUCUAAUAUAAGUGCAGUCAUGACAUCGGUUUGGAAGAGACUUCAGCGCGCUGGCAAAAGAGCGUCGAAGUUUCAGUUUGCCGCGUCCUUUCAAGAACUCACCGUAGAGUGCACUAAGAAAUGGCAGCCAGACAAACUGCGAGUGGUUUGGACCAGACGAAACAGACGCAUCUGCAGCAAGCUUCAUUGCUGGCAGCCAGGUAUCAAGAACCCAUACAGGGGGACUGUGGUUUGGCAGGCUCCUGAGAGCGUGGACAUCUCUGUCACUCUUUUCAAGGAUCCAAAUGCAGAUGAAUUUGAGGACAAAGACUGGACCUUCAUCAUAGAAAAUGAAACAAAGGGCCACCGAAAAGCUUUAGCGUCAGUGGAUGUGAACAUGAAGAAGUACGCGAGCGCGACCCCGACUCAGUUUGACCUGGCACUUACACUAAAGCCUCUGUCUGUGAAAGUGUUGGAUGCCACACUUAAAUUCACCCUGUCCUGUGUCUUCCUGAAGGAAGGCAAAGCUACUGAUGAAGACAUGCAAAGUCUGGCGAGUCUGAUGAGUUUGAAGCAGUCUGACAUUGGAAACCUGGAGGACUUCAAUGACAGCGAUGAAGAGGAGGACAAAAGAAUGUGUGCAGCAGUGAAAAUGGCCACAGCAGUAAUAGCUCCUCUUCCUCCAGCUAGGAGAAUACACGACAAGGCUUGGAGACCUGCUGUAGACACAGGUCCCUCUGACACAGCUCAUUCUGAACCGGAGCGGAUGAGCUGUUCCUUCAUUACGCCUAAUGUUCCUCUCCAGUACCGCCCCCUGUCAUACAGCGCUCUUGACCCUUCUGCCCCGCCCCUCUCCACUUCCUGUAUCCAACCCCCCCGUGCUGCUGGCAGUGUCCCGCAGACACGCCCCUCCCCGUACGCCUUCACUGUACCUGCAUUUACACGUGCGCAUCCACCUGCCCUGCCCAAAAUCUUCCAGCCGCCGACCGGCUCAGUUGCUGUAUCUGUCACUCAAAGGCCGUCUGGAGGUCUUGCUAGGUCUGAGUUAUUGGAGAGUAGUCGCUCUGCUAAGGGCGGUGCAGUUCCUCACCAGAGGCCUCCCUCUUUUCUUCCUGGGAUUAGCAAACCCUUCUCUCUAUCCUCUGCUCAAUCCUCCUUGUCCCCUCAGCAGACUCCUCUACCUGAUAUAACCCAGAAAGCCACCCAUUCUGCUGCUCAUAGCAGGACCUGGAGACCUCACAGUUUUCCCUCUUCACACUCCUCCCCUUGUGAUUUCGACCCCUCCUCCUUUGAGUUUGGCUCCUCCCCUCAUGGUCCAAUGCCUGUACCUGCACCACGGCCCUCAAAAAUCUAUCGCGCCUCAUUGACUGAGCCAGGCUCCGCCCUUACAAAACCUACGAGCAUGCCCUCUGCCACUGAGACAGCAUCUUGGCAAAAAGAGUGGAGGCCUCCCAAGCUGCACCCUACUCUGUGUCCUGCUCCCCUCACCUCUGCGGAGCAUAUUAACCAACAGCAUCAUCCAGCCUCAGUGACCUCCUCUCCUCCUGCACAAACAUCUCCUCUAAUGUAUGUCCCCCUUCCUGCAAUGUCUUCAUCCCGUGUGCUUCCUCAACCAAUGGACACCUCUACCAUUACUCUCAAUCCUGCUGUAACAUCUCCCAGUGUGGCUCCUUCCUCUGAGAUGCCCAGCGUUCAGUCAGUCUCUACUUCUUGCUCUCAAACCCUGUCAGCUGCCAUCCUUUCUCCUGCUGCAGCAUCACUGGUUUCUCCCUCCAUUGUUCCUGCUGCUUCCUUUAGUUCUCAGUCCACCCCUUAUCCAUGUGUUUCUACUCUCCUGUCAUCUCCUCAUCUCACUGUUUCUGAUGCUCCUCUAAGUUCCAUUCCUGAUGUUAGUCCUGUGGUCAAUGCACCUGUUGUUGCCGAGUCAGAGCCUCUCCCAGAGGUCCAGACGUAUGAAUGGAGACAUCAGGUUGUGCCCACAGUGGUUAGACCUAAUGUGCGCAGGCCAAUAGCCCCUCUUCCUGUAGAUGCCCCUACCUCUCCUUUCUCUUCCUCUCCUUUUAUUCUUCCUUCACCCUCUUCCAUGAUCCCUGACCCCCACAUUUAUACCCAAACUUCCACUGUUGCCCCUGUUAUUGCCUCCAUUUCAGUCCCUUCCACUGACUCACUCACAGAGCAACACAGACAGUUAAGUGUAUUAGCAGAGGAGGAAUGUCCUAAUACAGUGUCUUCUGCUGAUGAGGAUGAAGAUGUUAAGCCAACAGAUGUUCAUCAAACCUAUGAACCCCACCCUCGCAGAGCCGGAGUCAUCAGUAUAGCCAACCAAAGACCAAACAGCAGUAUGGACAAGCAACAGCCUGUUUUUGGACUUGAAGUUUUGCGGCCUGCAAAAGGACCAGAGAGUAUGACCUCUCUGCUGCCCAGUGACCAGAAGUCACCUUCUGUCACUGGUGUCACACAUUUUGAGGUGUCAAAAUCAGAGCUGUCUGAUACAGAUAGAGUAUCCACCCACGCAGCCCUCGAAACUGUCCCAGAACCUGCUGUGGCCCCUACAUUCACCGGCCCAUUAACUGAGGAUCAGAUCAAUCAAUCCAAGAAUUCACAGAGCUCUGCUGAGGUGGCCAUAUUACACUCAGCUGGACAUGAGCAGACAGAAGAUGAGAUGAUUCCUCAUAAAGACAAGGCAGAGCCCUUUCGAAGUAGCGUUCAACUAGCAGAAAUACAAGCGCAAAAGGCCAGCCCAGAAUCUGUUCCACAGCUGUUCUCAAAUACAGAAAUGUCCCAGUCAGAUCACACUGGUGAAGGCACCAAAAGCAUGGCCGCUUUGCUGCCCUCUUGCCCAAAAGAGUCCCAUUCUCCUUGGUCGCCAUCAAUAUUAGCUGACGACAUAACUGAGAAUCAAAUAGGAGACUUUUUUGUAGACCAACUACCUAGGAUGAACCAGGACAUCUGUGCUCUCCCUGUUUGCAAGAAAGCACAUGAAGGCGAAGAACCCAAUGUCGACAGUUCUCCAUCUGUUCCCAACAUGAUAUAUCUUCUUCCAGCCUGUCCGAGAACUGCUUUUGCACCUGGGAUGCCAUCUAUAACCUUUCAAGACACAAAGUGGCCUUGGGACGAGUCUGUGAAGAUACUGAAAGAGUACAUUCAAAAGGAGAAACCAGAAAGACUUAUUGAAGAUAUGGAUUGCUCAUUGUAUAACCAAAGCACAGUAGAAAAUAUGGUGUCCUUACAGUUAACUUGUCCAAGAACUGCCAGCAUCCCAGGAUUCCCAUCUUUGCUGUUCUGUAUGGUCAAUCUCCUUCCAUUAUGUCCAGAUGUCUCUGUAGUUCCAGGUUUACCUUCAAGAUCUCCAAUCAUUUGCACAGAUGAAACCUGGCCUAAAGAGAAUUUAGUAUUUUAUUUUAGGGAAAUCAAGCAACAGAUUUCGCCAAUGUCCUUAACAAAGGUGGAUUUUGAAACGGCAAGAAAGAUGGUUGCACUGAGGUCAUCUUGCUCAGCAGCACCCAAGGCUCCAGGAUUUCCAUCUGCUCCAAAACCAGCUGCACCAAGUAUGGUCAGGAUUUCACCAUGUUGUCCAAAAGUUUCCUGCAUUGCUGGAUUUCCAUCUGCAAAAGUACUUGCCAGUCAAAAUGUCUUCCAACCGUGGCCAUCCAACAAUCAAUCAUCUGUGAUAAUAGCACAAAGGAACCAGUCCAGUUUGCCUCAAGUUGUAAAUAUAUUGAAAGAGGACCAGUUAACAGGGAUGGUGAGCUUGGUACCAUCUUGCCCGAGAAAAGCAAGGACUCCUGGAUUUCCUUCAUCACCGUGGCUCAUCCCUGAAACACAAAUAACGUCUGGUACUCUAUCAAUAUGCCCAUGGACAGCUAAAACGCCAGGCUUUCCCUCUUUAGUCCCAAGCGAAAUUGAUAAGGAUUUCAUAGAUAAUUGGCCCUUUAAGGAGAAAGCUUUUUGUAUGAGGUGUCCGCCAAUGUACACAUCUGACAAGUUAAACAUUGCUCAUCAGGACAAAGAGAGUUUUAAAGGAAUGUAUUCUAUUUUGCCAAGUUGUCCAGUGAAAGCAAGUGUUCCUGGCUUUCCAUCUGCACCAAAACCCAAAUUAAUGGUUUAUCUUUUCCAUUCUUGCCCAACAGUCUCAAAUGUACCUGGGAUGCUAUCAAGCAUAAUAUCUGAAGAGAAAUUACAGUGGCCUGUAAAUGAAAUGCCACUAUGGGUUAAACAAUUAAUCAGAAAGUGUCAGUCCAUACAUGCUGUUCCAACUAAGUACAGAGAAAUAAAGGAUAACAUCAAGGAAAUGGUAGCUAUGCGCCCCACUUGUGCAAUCAGGGCUAAAUUGCCUGGCUUCCCAUCUGCUCAGAGAAAAAAAACUGAGAAGAAAGCACCAGAUAUGGUCUCCCUCAUGCCAUCUUGUCCACAUUUUACAAAGGUAUUAGGUAUGCCAUCUGUUGAGUUGGGAAAUGAAGCAUUAGAUUCAAGUGCAUGGCCUCUGGAUGCAAAGCAACUGUACAAGAGGACCUCAAAGGAUGAGUCCGACAUGGUGUGUUCUUCCUUAAUAAACUUGAAUCAAACAUAUGACGACCAUCUGAAUUUUCACAUAGAAGACAUGGCUAUGAUUAUGCCAGCCUGUGCAAAGCAGUCCAAUGCCCCUGGCUUUCCAUCCACAUAUUCAGAAUCUCCACAUAUUCUUUAUCAUGCAAAUAAUAGCCGGAAGUCACCAGAAGGUGUUGGCCGUAAACAAGAAACUUCAGCUGUGCUUGGUUCAGCAGUAACGGAGAUAGACCUGUCCAGUGCAAACAAUUCUGACAAUAGUUUUACAUUAGAGGAGACCAAGGACAAUGUGAACUUUUGGGCAAGAUGUGAGGAAGGACAAAAGAGAAUUCUGGAGAGGGGGAAAAUGCAUUGCAGAAUGUGGCACUCCAUACCAGACAUGCCACUAUUACUGACUGUUGAGGAGAGAUGUCAAAGCAUAUGUGCUCAGAUUCCACCUUCUGAUAAUUACAGAGACCCUCUGAUUGAAAACGAUGACAUGGAUGAAGGUGUAUUAUGGGCAUCGCAAGACAGACCAGAACAGUUUGCUGAAGGUUUUAAGAAAGAAGAAGAGACUACAGAAGAUCCUAAUAGUCUGGUCCUUUUAACAGCUGAAGAUCGGCCUACAGGAGUGCAACAAGAGUGUGUCCCAAACAUGGUAGAUCUUCUUCCAUCAUGUCCACCGUUCUCGAGAGUUUUUGGAUGUCCAUCAACAGCGCUGUCUAGCAUAGGCAAAACAGACAUUAUCAACUGGCCUACUGAUUUGAGUAUAAUUUGGGAUGAGCCACAUAAAUCAACAAAAAAUAUUUUGUUAAUGCCAGACUUGGAAAAAUCCCCCUAUGAGGCAAAUAUGGUGUCCCUGUCUUGCACAUGUCCAAAUAAAACAAGAAUUCCCGGCUUUCCAUCUGCUAAGAGACCCACAGAGGCCCCAUGUAUGUCUUUUCCAGAAAUAUCCAUUGUUGUUGACACUUCUUCACAGACCCCAAUUCCAGAGGAAAAGCAUCAUGAGGAGUGGCUGAGCAUGGAAACAUCAUUAUUGGAAGAACAUCCUAAAACAAAGCCAAUUUUACACAUUGAAAGCUCAAUUGAGUAUUCAGAGAUGCCUGUAAUGAUGGUGGCCACAGUUCCAUCUUCAAAACUUGUUCCUGAUUUCACAUCUGCACCAAAGAGUGAAGAAAUACUUAUUCAAUCAUGUGAAAAAUUAAGUCUUCAAGAGUCUACAUUUGCUGAGUCAGAACUGAGGGAUGAUUCCAAGCCUGCAAAUGAGAUGUUGACCUUUGUAUCAGAAAAUGCUGCACAAAUGCCAGAUUCUAUCCCUGAACCCCAAGCAGAGCCAAAUAUGUUGGAGCUCCUUCCAUCCUGUCCAGUGCUUUCUAGAAUCCCUGGAUGUCCUUCUCUAAGGGUCUAUGAAGGCAUGGAGUGCAUUGGUGAUCAAACAAUAAUCUUUUGCAAUUUAUUGAAAGAUAGACCGACUGGUAUUUUUGACCCCAUUAAAGAUGAAAAAGACUCCCAGAUUAUAGCUCUGGCACCAACAUGCCCGAAAGCAUCAUGUAUUCCAGGCUUUCCAUCUAGACCACAUCGUAAAUCACAGAUGGACCCAAACGUGCAAAACAUUUGUCUCUCUUGCCCAAAGAUUUCACAUAUAGCUGGUCGUCCGAGCAUCCAGACCCCUAAGAUGUCCAAUUGGCCUUUGAGUACAGUCAUUUUGUGGUCAAAUCCAUUAAAGAAACCCCCUGUUGUUUUGGACAUGGACAAGAUAUGCAAAGAAAACAGUCAUAGAAUGUUUGCUUUGGCACCUACAUGUCCAUCAGUGGUCUGUGUUCCAGGUUUUCCAGCUGUGCCCGAAUCAAUAAUGCUACGCAUGCUUCACACUUGCCCGAAGAAGUCUAAUGUUAUAGGAUUUUCUUCUAAAAGAGAUCAUUUAGAUUGGUCUGUUGAAAAGGAAACAUUGUACAAUGUAUCUUUUAAAAAGCAACCUGUUGUUCUUAUUGACAGAGUAGAUUGGCUCAGUGAAUUAACUAAAAUAAUGUUUGCAUUGGCUCCAACCUGUCCACCAAUGGCAAGAAUACCAGGAUUCCCAUAUGCACCUAAGCACAAAGCUACACUUCCUCUCAGUAUGGUUGAUCUUCAUCAGUGCAUUCCAAAGACUUCAAGAAUCAUGGGAUUCUCAUCAAGUGACAGAAUAAACACAGGAACAUGGUUUGAAGAUGAAAGGCCCCUGUUUGAGAGGUCGCUGAGACCAAGAUCAGAGCUGCUUGUCCAGUUUAAUUUCACAACUCCGUAUGAAGAAAUAGACAAAUAUAUUUUGCAGAGGAUGUUUGCACUAGUACCCACCUGCCCAAGAGAAGCUUGCAUACCUGGUUUCCCCUCUCUACCUCAGGUUAAAGUGGAGGGUUUCUAUCUCCAUAAAGAACCAGAUGUAGUCAGCAUUUUGCACUCUUGUCCAAUGGUUUCUUUUAUUGUAGGUGUUCCUACAGUAAAAUCUGUGCCCAUAAAAGAGUCUCAAGAAAGCAUAUGGUCCACUCAGAAGCCCAUAUGGGUUAAACCUCUUAAAGAAAGACUGGUUUUGUCUUUAAGUUAUACAAAGGAUAAUGAAGAAUAUUCAAAAACCAUGUACUUGCUUGCCCCUACCUGCCCUAAUAAUGCCAGCAAUUAUGGGUUUCCAUGCUCAGAAAGACUUAAAGAAGAGUGUACAAAAACAACCGUCUUCCCAGCUUCUCUAGAGGCUCCAUUCUCUGCAACCGAUGAAACAGAUUUCAGUAACCUGUUCACUGAAGUGCCAUGUUCCCCAGUUGAAACAAGGCUUCCUGAUUUCCCAGAUGCUUCUACAUAUGCAAUUUCUCCAUCAAGUCCAACCCAAGAACACACCGAAUUUGAAGCCACAUUUACCCAAUACAUAGAAUCAGAAAGAAAUCAAACACUGGAUAUAACAGGGCCUGACAAUUCUGAAGAUAUAGGAAGUUUUCAUGAGAUUCUCUUGGCUGAAGGUAUUGAAAACCAUGAGGAGGAAGAGCAACAUGUCGGGGAGCAGUCUGCUAGUAAAAGUAAUGAUACUGCAGAGUCUGGAGAGACUGCUGUAGCGUUAGGAUGGGAAGUUUUGGAGGCAGAUGAUACUUCCACUGAAAAAGAAGGAUCUUCUGGUCUUGUUAAGACUAUAGUUGAUGUUUUUCACAGAGGUUAUGAGACAGUUGCAGCAAUAUUGCAGCCCUCUAUCUCUGAAUCGGUCAUGGACACGGACACUUUAGAUCCUCUCGAUAGUCUUUCAUCCUCUGUGGAUCUCGAGACCGGCAGCACUCGCAUGGCCACUGGAUGCGAUCAUUCAUUGGAGGCACUCGCAGAGGCAGCGGAGUCUGAGGUGUUUGAUUCUGCUGAAUCCUACAUGUGGCGUUUGGUUAGUGGUUGUUCAGAAACAUCGCUGUCAUCAAAAGAGAAUGAAAGCUGGUUUGUUGAAGAUGAAGAAUUCUGCCUAAUUAGGAAGUGGCCCCCUUUAACGGAUGCUGACCUUCAUGAGAUAACUAAAGAGGAGGAGGACAAAACAGAUGUUGACUCUUCGAUACAGGACUGUACAACUUCUGUUCAAGAGGAAGCUGGUAAUGAGAUUGUGACAGAAUGUAAAAUAUUGAAGGAUGAGCUGUCAGCAACAAAAUUUCCAGAGGAUGGGCCACAACAUCAUUUUGUCCAAGAAGUCUCUCUUUUCAUCCAACGGACUAAGGACGAAUUGCUGGAUGAAGAGAAACCACCUUUGUCCUUACUGUCUUUAAAAAAUUCUCAUAACCCAAGAACUGUCACAGAACAGACCAUUUCAUGUUCAAAAGAACUUGUGCCACCAAGAAGGACUAAGAAGCAAGACAUUCUUCAAGAGACAAUUACGUUAUCAACAUCAAUUUCCAAUCCAGCUGAGCCAACUGCGCAGAGCGACAACUUCUGUGUCAUAAAACAAGCUGAUUAUUAUUCUCAGAAUACAUCACAUAAUGUACAGCCAGGUAGAGCACUCACUUCAGCUGCCACAGAUAAUGGUACAUCUUUAGAAACAGAUCGCUUGAUGAAUAUACCUGUCCCACUGACAAGUGCUUCUUUUCCUGAAAAUGUGGUAAAAUUAUCCAAAAUUGAGAUUUGUUCACCAGAACCCAAAGAGAACCCAACACCCAAAGAAAUGAUAGCAUCAUGUCAGAGCAACAGUGGAGAAAAUGUUCCCCUAAUGCCUCAAAAAGACACAUUCAAACAAUUACGUGCUCCUCAGAGGCGGAAGAGUAAAGCUCAAACCAGCAAAGGUGAUGAAGCCAGUGGAGAGUUUGAAGAAAAGAGCACGCUGUCUACUGUCAUCACUAAUAUGUCUCAGUCUGAAGACACAAGAAAGACUCAAGCUGGUGAUCAAUUGAAUGUGAAAGAUCAGGUACAACUGGAUUUGAAUGUUCCUGAGGUGUUGGAAGUGAAAAUGCAAAUCAAAUGCACUGAUCUUCCAGUCCCAAUGCCACGUGUGAAGAAACGUCUCAGUGGAUCUUUUACAGAUUAUAUUCCUUCUCCUUCAUCCACCCCUCUAUCUGAAGCAGAUCCCGAUAACAUUGUUCUUCAAACAGAAGACCAUCAAGAUUCAAGUCUGCCAGUCCCAAUGCCACGUUCAAAAAAACAUCUCAGCGGUUCUUUUCCAGAUGAUCUUCCAGCUCCUUCAUCAACCCCUCCAUCUCAAGCAGAUUCAGACAACAUUUUUCUCCAAACAGAAGACCGUCAAUAUUCAAGUCUUCCAGUCCCAAUGCCACGUGUGAAGAAACGUCUCAGUGGUUCUUUUCCAGAUGAUCUUCCAACCCCUUCAUCCACUCUUCCAUCUCAAGCAGUUUCAGACAACAUUUUUAACAAAACAGACGACCAUCAAGAUUCAAGUCUGCCAGUCCCAAUGCCACGUUCAAAAAAACGUCUCAGUGGUUCUUUUCCAGAUGAUCUUCCAGCUCCUUCAUCCAGCCCUUCCUCUCAAGCAGAUUCAGACAACAUUUUUCUCCAAACAGAAGACCAUCAAGAUUCAUGUCUUCCAGUCCCAAUGCCACGUGUGAAGAAACGUCUCAGUGGUUCUUUCCCAGAUGAUCUUCCAACCCCUUCAUCCACUCUUCCAUCUCAAGCAGGUUCAGACAACAUUUUUAACAAAACAGAAGGCCAUCAAAAUUCAAGUCUGCCAGUGCCAAUGCCACGUGUAAAGAAACGUCUCAGUGGUUCUUUUCCAGAUGAUCUCACUGUUCCCUCAAGUUGUCCACCACCUCCUGUAGAUUUACUUGACAUAGGAGUCCUUGAGGGAGGACCAAGUGAAACAAGCAUGACCGUCCCGAUUCCCCGCUCAGAGAAACUCAGUGACAAGUUCACUGAUGAGAACCUUCCACGCUUACCUCAAGAUUCUUACUCUGCAGUCUCAGAAGAAGGCAAGCUUCCUAUCUCAGAAAAUGAACAAUGUUCUGUUGAAGUGGCUACACAGGUGAGGGCAGAAGCAGGGAUAGAGAGUCUUGAGGAUUCCACCACCUCAAGUGCCAAUGAAGUAGAGCUAAACAGAAAAGGCAUGGAUGAGUCUUGUUUAGAACCUGUUGAGCAGAUAGAAACUGAUGUGACAGAUAUCAGUGAAAAACCCAAGACUGGUGCUCCGCUUGGUGAGCAUUGUGAGGACAAAGGGGGAACAGGGCAACAAAUUGAAAAAUAUCCAAGUAUUGAGGAAGACAUGAAUGCUGUGCAUUCUGGAGAUGCUGAGGUUGUAGAUGGCACAGGUGUUAUCUUAGAUGUGUGUAGACAAGCAGCAGCUGAAGAUUCCAACAGUCUUCCUGUGCCAAUGCCUCGCGUGAAGAAACGUUUAAGUGCCUCUUUCCCAGAAGACGUCUCCAUUCCCAGUUCGUCAUCAGCCAGUCAAAGUGAGGUUUCAGAAAAGCCCAAUAAUGAGCCCACAGUGCCUGUUUUUAAUCAACGAAGAGCUGCAGCAGAUGCCAUAGACCUUCAGGGAAGUUCCACAGCUCACACAUCACCAACCAGUGAAACAGAGAUUGCGACCUUGGUGAAUUCAAGUCAGUCUCUGUUGGAAUGGUGCCAAAAUGUCACACAAGGUUGCAAAGGCGUCCGGAUAUCAAACUUCAGCACCUCAUGGAGAAAUGGCCUCGCUUUCUGUGCCAUCCUGCAUCACUUCCAUCCAGAUAAAGUGAAUUAUGAAAUGCUGGAUCCAUAUGACAUUAAACGCAACAACAAGAAGGCGUUUGAUGGCUUUGCUGAACUGGGCAUCUCUAGGUUGAUAGAGCCCUCUGACAUGGUGCUGCUGGCAGUGCCUGACAGGCUCAUCGUGAUGACGUAUCUCAACCAGAUCCGCACCUAUUUCACGGGCCAGGAGCUCAGUGUCAUACAGAUCGAGAAGAACAGCAGCGAGUCCAGUUACGCUGUUGGUGAGAAGAGGGAGGAAGCCGACCCUGAAGCCGCUGUUCGCUACUGUGCCGAAAGGCUCCAGAGCAGCGGCAUCACUCUAGAGACCAAUGGUAGCUUCCCUGAAAAGGAAGUCAAGGGUGCUGGUGUUUUGGUGCCACCUCCAAGAACAAAGCGAGUGCAGGGCCCAAGCCAGGCUGGAGGAUCAGGGGCCGCUCAGCCUCCAGUGGCACCACCCAGAAAGGCUUUUUCUCAUCUCAAGGAUGCAGACCUUGUUAAAAAGCGCAGAUCCAAGCUGCGGGGAGAGUCACUGGAUGAGCCUGAACCACACGAACAGCAGAGUGGUACAGAGGCUGCAUCAGUCCAAGCAGACAGUGAAGCAGCCAAAGGAGGUUCAGAGUCACAAAAUGUAGAGAAUGUUGGAGAGGCCACUGCAGGAGGGAAUCAGGAUGGCAGCCAAUAUGUACUUAGUGAGAUGCAGGCGCUGGAGGCUGAACAGAAGCAGAUAGAUCGCAGAGCAGACAUUGUGGAGAGGAAACUGAGAAGACUUUUGGAAUCUGGUAGUGAUCGUGUAGAAGAAGAGACACUGAUUCAGGAGUGGUUUACCCUGGUCAACAAGAAGAACGCUUUGAUCAGGAGACAAGACCAUCUGCAGUCACUACAAGAAGAGCAAGAUUUGGAGAGGAGGUUUGAGCUGCUAAAGAAAGAGCUUCAAGAUUUAAUGGCUGUGGAAGAAUGGAAGAAAACCCAGGCCCAUAAAACCAGAGAGCAGCUGUUGUUGCAGGAGCUGGUGUCUUUAGUCAACCAGAGAGACGAGCUUGUGCAUGAUAUAGACGCCAAAGAGAGAGGGGCUCUUGAAGAGGACGAGAGGUUGGAGAGAGGACUAGAAAUGAGGCGCAGGAAAUAUGGAAGUCGGAAAGAGAAGUGUGUGUUACAGUGAGGGAUCCUGUGCACCUGCUUUUAUACAGGACCGUCCCCCGUUAAACACUGUGCUGACGGACUAGUGAGGUGUGUGUGUGGACCAUAUCACAACAAAUGACGAGGAGAUUGUGACUAGAUGAAUUCUCAGUCCGUCUUCUUUUAGAGACAUUUUUAGUUUCAGAACAUUUGUCUGAAAAAGUGAAAUAGACAGUUGUAAUGGUCAGUUCUUGUUUGACAUUUUCAGUAAAAAAUCAUAUACAUGUGGCCUUUGCAGUGUUAUUACCUAAUUUACCUUGUUUGUACAAGUUGGUUGCUGCAGUGAUUUUAUGGUAUCUCAAAGAUAUGUAAAAUAGUACAGUAGUACAGUAAAGUUUUCAGAGUAUGAAAGAAGGAGCAUUCAGUUUUAAAUGACACUGCUGUGUUACAAGGAGAUUAUGUUCUGUUAUGCAACCUAACAAGCAGACAAAACAGCACAAAAGCAUGGGAGAAAAUAAACAUUUUUGCACAAAAUUUCUCCAUUAAGGCAACCUUUUAGUUAUGGAUAUCGUUUGCACAAUAUGAUCCCAAUGAUGCUUCUCCAAGUAAUGUUACAGUGGUUGCCUGUUCUGUUUGAAGAGCCCUGCUUUAAUGGCCAUGCUCACACAGCAGCAGAAUAGUUGUCAGUCCUGUAUUUGAGUCCUUAAUACGGUUACGUUCACGCACAGGGCGGUUAUUUAGAGUGUUCUGUGCACGACUAAAAUGCUCCGCUCUCCUCCCAAAUAUAAAAGCUGCUGUCAGUUCAUGAUGAUUUGAUGAAUGAACUUGUGGCUCGAUUGGACUCUUGUCGUGUCAGAAAGUGAUAACACUUUCAGUUUUAUGGACGUCGCCAUUUUUUACAUUUCUUUGGUCACUGUCGCUAUGGUAACUGGUAAGGAAUACGGGUUUGACUCCCGCUGCACAUUCAUACAGACAGUAUCCGAGAAGCUACUGUAAGUUGCUGUGUGAAUGUGACAUUUCGAGACUCACACCUGUAAGUAAAUGUGGUUGUCAAUCCCAAAAAACUGACAGUGUGAACGUAGCCAAUAUCACAGAACAUGGAAAAUGCAUAGAAUCUGUCAAAUAGAGUAUGCGCAUGAACUUUGAGUGUUAGCAUUUUAUUUUAAAAUACCUGAUUGAAAA